AUGUCAAACCUCGUGGGGCCCCCUGUCCAGUCGGCGCCUACACAUUCGCCGCUCUUCACCUUGCCACAAGAGCUCUUUGAGAUCACCCUCUCGUACUGCGCAAAAGAGGAUGUGAAUCGGCUUCGACUGGUCUGCCAGGAGCUCGGAAACGUCGUUGCUCCCGCUUUCAAGCGCAACUUCGCCUCCGAUCGCAAAUUCAUCUUCUCCGAACUGAGUAUGGCAGCUCUGGUCGGUCUCACUGCUCAUCCGACUCUCGCCCCUCUCCUGAAGAGCAUCAAAUUCGGUACUCAUCGUCUUGAGAAAAAGGACCCGCCCUCCGAAUCAGACGUUCCGCUUGAAGACGUGGAGGCUGCAAUCUUGAUCGACCACAACGCUCGCACGGAGACACAGGCCCAAUUCGUUCGGAGUGGCUGCCACGUCGCAGGAAUAAUUGAGGCUAUGAUGAAUUUGCAGUCUCAGAGCAAUACUGAUGUUACUUUCGGCGUGUAUCACGACAUCAACAGCUAUCUAUUCUAUCAUGACUUGGACUAUGUCGAUUGCCGCAAGUUGGAACAUGCUGGCUAUGGAGCCAUGGUGAGUUAUGGCGACUGCGUACCUACAGAAAACGACACCUUCAGUACCUUGGAUUCACUACGCAACGCGGUCAGAGUCAGUAAAUUCCCCUUGAAACGACUGCAACUUGACCUUAUCGCAUUCGACGGUCAGGUAAUCGACCAAGAAGAAGUGUUUUGGGACGAGGCCGAAGCCGAAGUCUGCAUUCGCAUGGAAGGCCCAGGCAACAAGGAAGCGACAGCAGGAGUUAUCAAAGUUUCGCCAGACAAGUCUCAUCUUACGCUGAUCCGCCAAGACAUGGAUCACGAGUGGUUCGAUUGCGAGUACACCGGCUUGGAGGAUCAAUACUACGACCGAUUCCGCUUCUGGCUGAGAGAGACGCCCUUUCGCAGUCUUGAUCUGAUUGACGUUCGAGGGCCUUACGAUGUGUUCACGUCACUCUUUGAGACAGCUGAGCUCACUGACCUCCGCAUGUCUAAUGUUGAGUUUACGGCUCUGGACGCAUCUCGCCAUGGAAUUGCCACAGCCGCAGACUUUGGCCGCAGUCUGAAGAAGAUAUCCACCCUUGAACAUCUGACCUUAGAGAGACUGGAGGAUGUUUGGUUGCAGGGCGGCUUCGUUCAGGAAAGCAAGUGCGCUGAGACCACGAACCAGGAUAUCAUCAUCGGAGGCGCGCGCAAUCUGGAGAACGAGGCGCAGUACUACAGCUCUGCACCAGCGCGACGACAAUGGAGGGUGAAACAGACGUUGCGGAAGGAGCAGAUGUUCUUCUUUAUGCUCUGA